GAUAAGUCCAUCAUCAGUGCACUGAAUCAAUGCUGUUGUAGUUCAGGCGCGAUCAGAAGCGACAUCAGUAUGAUGAAUAAUAUCUUCCUUUUUGGGGUUUUAUUACUCGUGAACUGUGUGUUUGGUGUUGAAGCAGAUGAAGUGUCCGUAUCAGUGAUGGUGGGAGAUUCAGUCACUCUACACACUGAUGUUACUGGAGGUCCGAAGGGUAGUGACAUAAUAUGGAAGUUUGGUGAUGAAAUCAUAGCUAGAAUGAAUGCAGCAGAUGCAACUCCCUCUACGGUAGAUGGCCCCGGUGCAACAUUUAAAGACAGACUGAAGCUGGACAGAGAGACUGGAUCUCUGACCAUCACAGACAUCAGAACUGAACACAUUGGAAAUUAUAGUGUAGACAUCAGGGGCAUAAAUGCAACAUUGAAGAAAUUUCAAGUUACUGUUCAUGAUGUUGUGAAGAGAGUGCCACUGAUGGAGGGAGAUUCUGUCACUCUACACACUGGUGUUACUCAAAUACAGGGAUCUGAUCAGAUUGUGUGGAAGUUUGGAGAUCUAGGCACCAUCAUCACUAACUUAAAUGGCCCAGAUGAUGCAAAAUGGAGAAACAUUCAUCUGAAGGAUCAGACCCCAGACCUCGUCAUCAGCAACAUCCCAAGGGAUCAGACUGGAGUUUAUAAAGUGGAGAUCAACACCAUCAACAAGGUCUUGCACAGAAAAUACCACAUUGAUGUUGGUGGUGGUGUGAAGACAGUAUCAGUGAUGGAGAGAGAUCCUGUCAAUCUAAUUACUGGUGUUAAUAAAAUUCAGGGAUAUGAUCUGAUACUGUGGAAGACUGGAGCUCGACCUCAGUCAGGUGCUCCUUCAGGGAUAUAUGGUGCUGGUGUUGGUCUGGUAGUUUGCGUUGUAACUGUGUUUUUUGCUGCAAGAUUUGUAGACAACGAAAUCAAAGGUGUUUCAGUGAAAAUAAAGUGAAUCACUCUCAGGAUCAGCAUGGAAAAAUGAAGAGAAACAACAGUUCAUAAUCACUGUAACAAGAUAAACUUGGGCUUUGCCUGACAUGUUGUUUGUUUUAUGGAUAUAUUUUGACAUAAAUCUUGCUUUUUUUGUCUCAUGCUUGACAACCAGAACAAAAGGGGAAACUGUAAACACCAUAGCCUGAAAUUUUCAAAUCACAAAACCAUUCAUGACUUUUUCCAGUUAAAAAUAUAAAAUAAAUCAACAUGCCAAAAUAGUUCACUUGUUAACCAGCAGGGUUUGGCUGCUUGAAAUUGGUGUUUAAGUGUUUUUAGGAUGCCGUUCAUAUGAAAGUUUAUGCUUAUACAGAUAUAUGUACAAAAACACAAUAAAGCCAAUCAAACUUGAUAAAACUGAGACUAUUUCUUGGUGGAUGGAAUGUAAGUCACUGAAAUCGCCCAAGGUAUAAAGAAAGAUCAGACAAGGUUAUAACAUGUCUUAACAUGGCUCAUUUGCUCUUUUACUUACCUUUAAUAAAAGUUUGUCAGGGGGGACCAGACCCUCCCUAUCUGA